AUGCGUAGGAAUGCUCCAGAGCGCAGCAUUGCCGUCCUGGUCGUUGGUGAUUACCUGAAAGUAUUUGAGUUUAAGAGAAGCAUAGUGUUGGUGAUCAACAUAAUCAAAGGAAUGGAGAUUGCAACUAACUGCAAGGACUCCUUCCCAAGUCUUCGUCUCAGCUUCGAACGACCGGCAGAAGUUCCUUCCGCCGACGAUUCCGUAGAGACGCUGCCGGGCGAUAACAGCACGUGGCUCUACGUGGCUGUGGCCUUGUUCGUCCUUCUGGCUCUCGUGGUCCUCUUCGGCGUGGCGGCAUGCUGCAGGCUAAGAAGGAAAGUCGCGUCGCAGGAGCUAGAAGCCCUUGGACAGCCCAGCGCGUAUACUCAUCCUGCCCUCUCGUCGUCGCCCUCGCCUUCGCUGGCGGAGGCCAAGUCGCGCCACGAAAAGAGGUACUCGACGCUUCUCGCCUCGGACGCCGUCGCCGUUCCUAACGGGCAUUCCAAUAGCGGAGGCGGAGGGCACCUGAGCGGACUCCCGGACCUGGCUCCUCCACCCCUCCCAUCCACCUCGCCCCCCUCCCUGCCCCACCACCCCGACGGCGCUUCACCUCCAGUAGAAUCCGGCGACGUCAGGAGGACUUUGGAAUGGCGGGACAACAGCUGCCACGCGGACGCGAAGGGCCCGCAGGAGACCCCCUGGUCAAGCGCUGACGACGGGGAAGACGACUACGCCGACCCGGAGGAGCUGGAGACACCGCCGUGGCUCCGCAUCCAGGGCGCCGACGACGACGAGGAACACGACUACGCUGACCCCAGAGAGCUCGAAAAACCCGCGUGGCUCCUCGCCCAGGACGCCGACGACUACCACGACUACGACUACAUCGACAGGGACGCCCUGAAGGUCCUGCUGGACAGAGACAGGGAGGAGACGCAGCGGAAGAGCGCGGCUGCAGAUGAAGCGCGGCUCUCGAGGCAUGACUCCGAGAACUCGCUCUACGAGGAGAUGAAGGCGCUCGAGGCGGCCAGGGAGAGCAGGGCGCGGGAAGAGCAAAGGCAGAGAGAACAACAAAGGGAGGAACGAGAACUACAAAAACGGCAAGAAAGACAGGAAGUCGAAGAACAACAGAAAAAAGAUGAAAAAGAGAAACAGCAAGAAAGACAGGAAGAAGAAGAACAACAGCAAAGAGAUGAAAAAGAGAAACAGCAACAAAUGGAAGAAGAAGAACAAGACCAGAACGAACAAAUACAACACAACCAAGCAAACGAAUUGAAAGAAUCUGAGCAGGAACUUUUGGAGAGUGGGAAACUUGAGGCAAAAUAGUAAACACACACACAAAUAUAUAUAAUUAUAUAUACAUACUUACAAAUAUAUAUACAUAUAUAUAGCUAAAAGAA